CUCUAACUGCCAGGGAGAUCUGCUGAAACAUGGCCAAGUCAACGCCACCAUUUACUUUCGACGAAACAUCCAGCGUUUGGAUUGAGCCAUUUUCAUUGGUUUUAAACAACAUUCUUCCAGUAGAAUACAUAUAUGGCGACUGGUAUCAAUGGAUCGCUCACAGUGAAGCAAACCUUUCAAUUCUAGAUGAUGGCUAUCAGUGUAGUCUGAUAGAAACUGGAAGUCGUGUCGAUGGAUUCUGUAUACCUAAAUGUCUAGUUAGUGKCAUCAAUCAGGAUUUGCACAGCUUAUCUUUAGGUGAGAUGGCCUACUGGGAGCCUGRUAUUCAUAUUAUGACGUCAAACGAGAGUUUUAUUCGAAUGGAUGGACAGUGUAUACCAAUAUUUACUGUUGACCAUUUUAGGCAAGAUCCCAGAUAUGUGAGGCUCGUUCUAACAAAGGAAUGGAAGGAACACACUCCACAAUAUAAAACACAAUUUUUUUUGGAUCAUAGUUAUUUGUUUUUUUCUGUUGAUAACAGACCUGUUGAAAUGAUGAAUAAACCUGAAAAUCCUAAAAGAGAAUGGAGAUACGGCAUUUAUGGGUCAGUGCACAAAGCCACGGAAAAUACAGCUAUUAACMUAGCUGGCAAAACAACGGCUUUUAAAUAUCCUAGGUUGUGGCCUGAGACAGCUAUGGAGUGGGUUACRCGCAAGCGUUCAGGUCCAUGGCCCUCACCUGAGCUCGUUCAAGAAGUGGUUGAUUCUGGCUGCCAUAUUGUUCCAGUUGCAAAAAGAAAGCGGCUUAAGGACACUGUGACUGACUGUGAGCAGUCAUUGCCUGUAUUCACGUCCCGGGAAGAUGGAGCUGAAUGGAGGUUGUCCUUUUCUGUGACUGAAAACAAACUUGGACAAAGCGUCACUCCAGUCCAGCGGCACAUCAUGGUACUUUUGAAAAUGCUGAAGAAUCUAUAUUUUCCUGAAGUGAUCUCAUCUUACCAUUUAAAAAAUCUACUGUUCUGGGAAAUAGAAAAGAAUGACGGAUCAUUUUGGAGAGAAAMCUGCUCAGCCAAGUGCCUUAUUUACAUGUUGGAUCGUCUYGCGCAAUGCCUUGAAGAAGGGUGUCUUCCGCAUUACAUCAUACCAAAGAGCAACCUUUUGGAGUGCGAWGAACUAGGCAAGCUUGCAGAAGCAGUCAAAGUAGUAGUUGAUGUCAGGAGAAAUAUUGUCGAGCAUUGCAUUUGCUYGUUCAAAAGAAUUGUAGCGAUAUCUUUCGAGUACCAAACAUUCCAGACGAAUCUCGAGUUUGAGUCUKUCAUUGCGAAAAUAAAAAAUCGUGACCAGACGUAUGAAACARUCCAACAAAUUCUUUACUCSCUACUCCAUCUUUUUAUAAARAAGUACGAAGAAUGUCUGAAGUCACUGAGAAAGAUCCAAGAGGAGAAGAACAUCGAAAAAGUAAUGAAAAUAAGAAUGGCCAUAUACGAGUCACUCCUUGCUAGAAGUCUCACAAAACUGAGAGUCUGCGAUCGAAACACGAAUGAUUUCCAGGCAUUAGUAAGAAAGGAAAUGCUCGGUCAUUGCUCAGAUGAAUUUCUGGAAGCCUUAUUCAUGUUCUUUGAGCAUGCUCAGAGAGGCAUGGACCCCUCGCUUUUAGUGCCAAAUUUUAUGGAGGUGACCAAAGUCCUGCAACACAGCAUGAUGCAAGACAAUUGGGAGAGCGGUUCUCCGCUGACAKWGAUUACGUCUAUUGUUCAAACGGGAGAAUACUCGCAAAUAGGAGACUUAMUUACUGAUUUAGGAARACCAGUGAAUGACAUUGAAUUUGAARCAAAAUUGUAAAGGUAAUUKUUUGUAGGAAGCUUUCUCACGUCAGUGGUUUUCAGAAAUAUCAUACAAUAUUACAGAGAGAGGGAGAGAGAAAGGGAGGGAAAUAUAAUAACAACAAAACAUUAUUGGAUGAGAUUUUUUUGUGAUAUGCGAAAUAAUUAAGGAGAGUGUUCCAGAUUUUAAUAACAUGGUUACAAGUUCUUUGCUUACCUCAAUUUCCACUGACUUUGAUAUUGUAAUUGAGUAUAUCGCUAUGAAAUUAUAGCCAGUUGCAUUUGA